AUGGACCUGGGGCAGUUGAGUAAUGGGUUCUAUAUUGACUGUAAAACAAAAUCUGCUUUGUUUGUUUGUUCACAGAAUUCUAUGACUGCACUUAUCGUAGCAGUUAAGGGUGGCUACACCGACUCGGUGAAGGAAAUACUGAAGAGGAACCCAAAUGUGAACUUAACUGAUAAAGAUGGAAAUACAGCUUUGAUGAUUGCGUCAAAGGAAGGGCAUACUGAAAUUGUGCAGGAUCUUCUUGAUGCUGGAACUUACGUGAAUAUUCCUGACAGAAGCGGAGACACGGUGCUGAUUGGGGCUGUUAGAGGAGGUCAUGUUGAAAUUGUCAGGGCUCUGCUCCAUAAGUAUGCUGAUAUAGACAUCAGAGGUCAGGAUAAUAAAACUGCUUUAUACUGGGCAGUUGAGAAAGGAAAUGCUACAAUGGUGAGGGACAUCUUGCAGUGCAACCCUGAUACUGAAACGUAUACAAAGGAUGGAGAAACACCACUUAUCAAGGCAACCAAGAUGAGAAAUAUUGAAAUAGUAGAACUUCUUCUGGACAAAGGAGCUAAGGUCUCUGCUGUAGACAAGAAAGGAGACACCCCACUUCAUAUUGCUAUUCGUGGAAGAAGCCGUAAACUCGCUGAACUGCUCUUGAGAAAUCCAAAAGAUGGUAGAUUGCUUUAUAGACCCAACAAAGCAGGAGAAACACCUUACAACAUUGACUGCAGCCACCAGAAGAGCAUUUUAACACAGAUAUUUGGAGCUAGACACUUAUCUCCCACGGAAUCUGACGGUGACAUGCUGGGCUAUGAUCUGUACAGCAGUGCUUUGGCAGAUAUUCUGAGUGAGCCAACCAUGCAGCCACCUAUUUGUGUGGGCUUAUAUGCUCAGUGGGGAAGUGGAAAAUCUUUCCUGCUCAAGAAACUAGAAGAUGAAAUGAAGACUUUUGCAGGACAGCAGAUUGAACCUCUGUUUCAGUUCUCCUGGCUGAUUGUGUUUCUCACACUUCUGCUCUGUGGAGGGUUGGGUUUAUUGCUUGCUUUCACAGUGGAUGCAAAGCUUGGGAUAGCAGUGUCACUCAGCUUAUUAGCAGUGCUCUACAUUUUCUUCACUGUAAUUUAUUUCGGUGGUCGAAGAGAAGGUGAGAGCUGGAAUUGGGCCUGGGUACUGAGUACAAGACUGGCAAGGCACAUUGGAUACUUAGAGUUGCUUCUCAAACUCAUGUUUGUGAACCCACCAGAGUUACCAGAGCAAACCACUAAAGCUUUACCUGUGAGAUUUUUGUUCACGGACUACAAUAGACUGUCCAGUGUAGGUGGAGAAACUUCAUUGGCUGAGAUGAUUGCUACCCUCUCUGAUGCCUGUGAAAGAGAAUUUGGUUUCUUAGCAACAAGGCUAUUUCGAGUUUUCAAGACAGAAGAUACACAAGGUAAAAAGAAAUGGAAGAAAACAUGCUGCCUCCCAUCCUUUGUGAUUUUCCUGUUCAUAUUGUCUUGUGUUGUUUCUGCGGUUGCCCUGCUGGCGAUUUUUAAUGUAGAGCCAACAAACAUGACAGUGAAUGCUAUUCUUAUAUCAGUGACGUGUGUUGUUGGUUUGGCCUUUAUCUUGAAUUGUCGCACGUGGUGGCAAGUGAUGGAUUCAGUUUUGAAUUCUCAAAGAAAACGUCUUCACCAUGCUGCCUCCAAGCUUCACAAGCUGAAAAGCGAGGGAUUCAUGAAGGUUUUGAAAUGUGAAGUGGAGCUGAUGGCCAAAAUGGCAAAAACCAUUGACAGCUUCACUCAGAAUCAGACCAGACUUGUUGUAAUUAUUGAUGGAUUGGAUGCUUGCGAACAGGACAAAGUGUUACAAAUGCUUGAUACUGUGCGAGUCUUGUUUUCAAAAGGCCCAUUUAUUGCUAUUUUUGCGAGUGACCCACACAUAAUUAUAAAAGCUAUUAACCAGAAUCUCAACAGUGUUCUACGUGACUCAAACAUAAAUGGACAUGAUUACAUGCGAAAUAUAGUCCAUUUGCCUGUUUUUCUGAAUAGCCGAGGGCUUAGUAAUGCAAAAAAACUGAUGGUAGCUUCGACAACCAACGGGGAUGUUCCUUACACGGAUAAUGCAGGAUUGCAUGAAGAGAUUGAUAGAAGAGUUUCUCAGAACAGCCUUGGGGAGAUGACCAAGCUUGGCAGCAAAACAGCUCUCAAUAGGCGGGUGAGAGAUGUUAUACUAAAUGGUCCAGUACUGGUGAUAGGGUUGUUUUUUUUUCUUUUCUCAUUUUCUUUGAUGUAUUUAAUGACAUCAACUUUGAAGACUUAUCAAACUAUUCCUUGGAAGUUAGGAUGCCUGAUCUGUACAGGAGAACUAUAUUCCUAA